ACUACAAAUCCCAUAACACACUGCGCGCCAACUACGACCGGAAGUGGAUCAGCUGUCAUCGCUGAGUGCCCUUGGCCGGAUGAAAGAUGGCGCCUGCCGUGCUGAGACUGCUGAAGUUUACUACCAAGGCGGCUGUGGCUGGUGGAGCAGUGUAUGUGGCCUAUGACCAGGGGCUUCUGGGGAGCAGUACAGAGGGGGAGGACGUCCUAAAGAAGACAGUUUCUGCUGUGCCUCCAGCCUUGCAGGAAUGGGCAGACUACUUUGGUUGGCAGAUCCCAUCUGCACCAAAACUUGAUUUCUCUGUCUGCGAGUCCUGGAACUGGGGUGUCCAGAAAUCUGUAGCGGCACUCUCAUCUGCUCCAAGCAAGGCUUGUGAAUACUCGGCAGAAGGAUGGAAGUACAUGAAGGACCUUGUGAAGUGAAUUACCAAUGUACAUAAUACACAAUAAAAACUUUAUUUAUACAGUU